AUGGCUAUAAGCUUGUUUGUCGGUUACAAAGCCUUACUAAAUAAUGAGACACCAGUGUCAUGUAUAGUCGUGGAUUCAAAAUCAGAUAAAAUCAUUAGCAUAGGCUACAAUUAUACCAACCACUCUCUAAAUGGUACACAACACGCAGAAUUUAUUGCUUUACAACGAUUUGGGGAACAAAAACUGAGUAUUGACUAUAAUGAUUUAAUUUUGUAUGUGACAGUGGAGCCUUGUAUUAUGUGUGCAUCUUAUUUACGUCAGUUGGGCAUCAAAAAAGUAAUAUUUGGUUGUGGGAAUGAUAGAUUCGGAGGAAAUGGUACCAUUUUAUCAAUACAUAGUGACAUCACCUUGCCUAACGCAGCUUAUUCCAGUAUCGGGGGUAUAUGUAGGACAGAAGGAAUCCAACUAUUACGAAAUUUUUAUAUUCAACAAAAUGAGUCGGCACCAAAUCCAAAAAUCAAAAAGAACACAGAUAUUGAGAGUAAGGAAUACCCAGAGAAUCAGUUUUGUAGCAUUUCAAAGGAUGAAUUUAUAGAGUUUUACGGAAAUGAAAGAGUGCAUAUUUACGAUGGGAAGAUUUUUGAAAUCACUCCAUUACAAAACAAGGGUUAUGAUAUAAAAGAAUUGAUAUCGUUGGAUAUGAUGCAAAAAGUUCCAUUUCUAGAGGAUGAGUUGGGACAAAUUACAGAUGAGCAAAUAAUUGAAUUUCACAACUUAUUUUUCAACAUAAAUGAUGAUGGAACGGUUAAUUAUAAAAAACCAAUAGGCAAAUAUAACAGUAAAAAGAGACACUUUGCAAACGAUGAAGAAUAG